GCUCCCUCCUUCUCACUGUCGCUGCCCAGAUCGACGGUCAGGUCGCGGCUCAGUGAGCCCCUGCUGCAGGGAACAAGCAAGGGGACAUCCAGGAGCCCAGGGCUGCCAGGGGGCACCCGCCCACCCUACCCUGAGAACCGCCUUCCCAGGUCGGGGACAGAGCAGGUGCAGUGGAUUCCACAAACAAACACAACUGGGUAACGAGCACCGAGAUCAAGAAACAGGAUGUUCUUAGCACUCCAGGAUUUCCCCACCGUGCCCCUUCUGGUGCCACACUUCUGAUUUGUAACACUACCGAUUGAUGAUUAACAUCAUCUACACUCAAACUUCAUCCUCCUGAAUGAUGCCAGCCCAAGGUUCCCUCACCUCCAGCCUGGCCCUCCUGGUGCUGCUGGGCACAGUCAGAGCAGGCCCUUUCUCUCCACGGUCCAAUGUGACACUCCCUGGCCCACGGCCCCCUCCCCAUCCAGGGGGCCGCACAGUGCAGCCAGGAGCGGGAAGCCCUUCUUCUCAGCUUUAUGAGCACACUGUGGAAGGAGGGGAGAAGCAGGUGGUGUUCACCCACCGCAUUAACCUGCCCCCUUCAGCUGGCUGUGGCUGUCCCCCAGGCACUGAGCCCCCUGUCCCUGCUUCAGAGGUGCAGGCCCUGAAGGUCCGGCUGGAUAUCCUGGAGGAGCUGGUGAAGGGGCUCAAGGAACAGUGCACUGCGGGAUGUUGUCCUGCUGCUGCCCAGGCCGGCACAGGCCACACAGACGUUCGGAGCCUCUGCAGUCUCCAUGGCGUGUUUGACCUGAGCCGCUGUGCCUGCUCCUGCGAGCCAGGCUGGGGUGGGCCCACCUGCUCAGACCCCAUAGAUGCCGAGGCGCCCCCCUCCCCUCCACCCUCAGCCUCCUCACCCUGCCCAGACGACUGCAAUGAUCAGGGUCGCUGCGUCCGCGGUCGCUGUGUGUGCUUCCCUGGCUACACCGGCCCCAGCUGUAGCUGGCCCUCCUGCCCCGGGGACUGCCACGGCCGCGGGCGCUGCGUGCAGGGCGUGUGUGUGUGCCGCUCAGGCUUCUCCGGGGACGACUGCAGUGUGCGCUCCUGCCCCCGGGGCUGCAGCCAGAGGGGGCGCUGCGAGAACGGGCGCUGCGUGUGCAACCCAGGCUACACUGGCGAGGACUGUGGGGUGAGGAGCUGCCCCCGAGGUUGCAGCCAGAAGGGGCGCUGCGAGGACGGGCGCUGCGUCUGUGACCCUGGCUACGCUGGCGAGGACUGCGGCUCGCGGAGCUGCCCGUGGGACUGUGGCGAAGGCGGGCGCUGUGUGGACGGCCGCUGCGUGUGCUGGCCCGGGUACGCAGGUGAGGACUGCAGCACGCGGACCUGCCCCCGCGACUGUCGGGGCCGAGGGCGCUGCGAGGAUGGCGAAUGCAUCUGCGACCCAGGCUACAGCGGGGACGAUUGCGGCGUACGCAGCUGCCCAGGCGACUGCAACCAAAGGGGCCGCUGCGAGGACGGCCGCUGCGUGUGCUGGCCGGGGUACUCGGGGCCCGACUGCGGCGCGCGCGCCUGCCCGCGCGACUGUCGGGGCCGCGGGCGCUGCGAGAACGGCGUGUGCGUGUGCAACGCGGGCUACAGCGGCGAGGACUGCGGCGUGCGCAGCUGUCCCGGGGACUGUCGCGGCCGGGGCCGUUGCGAGAGUGGCCGCUGCGUGUGUUGGCCCGGGUACACAGGCCGGGACUGCGGCACGCGCGCCUGCCCUGGUGACUGUCGCGGGCGGGGGCGCUGCGUGGACGGCCGCUGCGUGUGCAACUCGGGCUUCACAGGCGAGGACUGCGGGAGCCGUCGCUGUCCCGGGGACUGCCGCGGUCGCGGCCGCUGCGAGGAUGGUGUGUGCUUGUGCGACGUGGGCUACGAGGGCCAAGACUGUGGCACGCGCAGCUGCCCCAGGGGUUGCCAAGGUCACGGCAGGUGCCUGGAGGGGCGCUGCGUGUGCGACGACGGCUACGAGGGUGAGGACUGCGGCGUGAUUCGGUGCCCACGCGACUGCAACCAGCGCGGCGUGUGCCAGGACGGUGUGUGCACCUGUUGGGAGGGCUACACGGGCGAGGACUGCAGCCUCCUUACCUGCCCCUCCAACUGUCACCGGCAGGGCCGCUGUGAGGACGGGCGCUGCGUGUGUGACUCAGGCUACACCGGCCCCUCCUGCGCCAUCCGCACCUGCCCGGCCGACUGCCGGGGCCGUGGACGUUGUGUGCAGGGCGUGUGCGUGUGCCACGCGGGCUAUAGCGGCGAGGACUGUGGGCAGGAAGAGCCUCCGGCCAGCGCCUGCCCCGGGGGCUGCGGGCCUCGGGAACUGUGCCACGCAGGGCAGUGUGUCUGCGUUGAGGGCUUCCGAGGCCCGGACUGCGCCAUCCAGACGUGUCCUGGGGACUGCCGAGGCCGAGGAGAGUGUCGUGAGGGCAGCUGCAUCUGUCAAGAUGGCUAUGCAGGGGAGGACUGCGGGGAAGAGGUGCCAGCAAUUGAGGGCAUGAGGAUGCACCUCCUGGAGGAGACAACGGUUCGGACAGAGUGGACCCGGGCUCCUGGCAACGUGGAUGCCUACGAAAUUCAGUUCAUCCCCACGACAGAGGGGGAGAGCCCCCCAUUCACAGCACGGGUGCCCAGCUCUGCUUCAGCCUAUGACCAGAGAGGACUGGCCCCUGGUCAGGAGUACCAGGUCACUGUCCGUGCCCUUCGGGGGACUAGCUGGGGCCCUCCUGCCUCCAAGGCCAUCACCACCAUGAUCGAUGGCCCCCAGGACCUCCGUGUGGUGGCUGUGACACCAACCACGCUGGAGCUCAACUGGCUGCGCCCCCAGGCUGAGGUGGACCGGUUCGUGGUGUCCUACGUCAGUGCUGGCAACCAGAGAGUGCGGUUGGAAGUGCCCUCUGAGGCAGACGGGACGCUGCUGACCGGCCUGAUGCCAGGCGUAGAAUACGUGGUGACCGUCACUGCCGAGCGGGGCCGGGCAGUAAGCUACCCAGCUUCCGUCAGGGCCAACACAGCACCCGGCCACUACAGCUACCCGGAGGCGCACUCCCCAGCCCCGCCCCCCAAGCCCCGGCCCCGGCUGGUCCCGGCCCCGCGGCCCCCGCGCCCCGCUCGGCCCUCGCGGCCGGCGGAGGAGGGGGAGGCGGAGUCUCGGCCCGGGCCAAGCCUACCCCAGCCCCCUCGGCGGGCGUGGGGCAACCUGACGGCCGAGCUGGGCCGCUUCCGCGGCACCGUGCAGGACCUGGAGCACCACCUGCGGGCUCACGGCUACCCACUGCGGGCCAACCAGACCUACACGUCGGUGGCACGCCACAUCCACGAAUACUUACAGCGGCGUCGCCUGGUGGCUGCCGCCCCCACCGGCUCCCCCGCACCCCAGCCCCGUCGCCCCCACCCCACCUCCAGUCCCGACUCGGGCACCUGGAAGCGGGACUCCAACCAGGGCAUCUACGGCCUCUCUCCCGAAGGCGUCGACCGGGUGGCUGCGCCCCGCCACCCCAAGCCCGAGGUGCUGGGCAGUUCCGCCGAUGGCGCACUACUGGUGUCCCUCGACGGGCUCCGCGGCCACUUCGAGCGCGUGGUGCUGCGCUGGCGGCCCCAGCCGCCCGCAGAGGGCCCCGGCGGGGAGCUGACCGUGCCGGGCACCACGCGCACUGUCAGCCUACCCGAUCUCAAGCCCGGCACCACCUACCACGUGGAGGUCCACGGGGUGCGGGCAGGGCAGACUUCCAAGUCCUACGCCUUCAUCACCACCACAGGGUCCUCCCCCUCGGGCUUCCCGGGGGCCACUGAUGAGCCUUCUCCCUCAGGCCCUUCAACGACUCAAGGGGCUCAGGCCCCCAUCCUGCAGCAGCGCCCCCAGGAGCUGGCAGAGUUGAGGGUGCUGGGCAGAGACAAGACAGGGCGCCUCCGCGUGGCCUGGACCGCCCAGCCUGACACCUUUGACCACUUCCAGCUGCGCCUGCGGGUGCCCGAGGGGCCAGGGCCGCAUGAGGAACUGGUGCCAGGGGAUGCCCGUCAGGCUCUGGUGCCCUUGCCCCCUCCUGGAUCCCCCUAUGAGCUGUCACUUCGUGGAGUCCCCCCGGGGGGCGAACCUUCUGCCCCUCUCAUCUACCAAGGCAUUAUGGACAGGGAUGAAGAGAAGCCUGGGAAGCCCUUGGCCCCACCACGCCUGGGCAAGCUGACAGUGACGGACAUGACCUCCAACUCUCUGCUUCUGCACUGGACGGUCCCUGAGGGCGAGUUCGACUCCUUCGUGAUCCAGUACAAAGACAGGGACAGGCCCCAGGUGGUGCCUGUAGAGGGGCCCCAGCGCUCAGCCCUUAUCUCCAACCUGGAGGUUGGCCGCAAGUACAAAUUUGUCCUGUACGGCCUUGUGGGCAAGAGGAGGCAUGGCCCCCUGGUGGCUGAAGCCAAGAUCUUGCCUCAGACGGAUGCCAGCCCAGUGACUCUGCCCCACCUGGGGAAGCUGUGGGUGACAGACCCCACCCCAGAUUCGCUGCACCUCUCCUGGACGGUCCCUGAGGGCCAGUUUGACUCCUUCGUGGUCCAAUACAGGGACGGGGAUGGACGGCCCCAGGUCAUGCCCGUGGAAGGGGCUGAGCGCUCGGUCACUGUCUCCCCGCUGGAGCCUGACCACAAGUACAGAUUCGCUCUGUUCGGGAUCGCCAGCAGGAAGCGGCACGGCCCCCUCACGGCCGAUGGCACCACCGCCCCAGAGAAGAGAGAGGAGCCCCGCCACCCAGAGUCCCCCGAGCAGCCCCUGCUGGGGGAGCUAACGGUCACUGGCACCACCCCAGACUCCCUGCGCCUGUCCUGGACGGUGGCCCAGGGCUCUUUCGACUCCUUCAUGGUCCAGUACAAAGAUGCACAGGGGCGGCCCCAGGCAGUGCCCGUCAGGGGAGAUGAGAAGGAGGUCACCAUCCCCGGCCUGGAGUCCGAUCGGAAGUAUAAGAUGAACCUCUAUGGGCUUCAUGGCAGGCAGCGCGUGGGGCCCGUGUCCGUGGUGGCCACCACAGCCCCCCAGGAAGUCGUGGACAAGACCCCCAGCCCCACAGAACCCAGCACUGAGGCCCCAGAGCCCCCCGAGGAGCCCCUCCUGGGGGAGCUGACGGUGACAGGAUCCUCCCCGGCCUCGCUGAGCCUCUCCUGGACCGUCCCCCAGGGGCACUUCGACUCCUUCACUGUCCAGUACAGAGACAGGGACAGGCAGCCCAAGGUGAUUCGGGUGCCAGGGCAUGAGGACAAGGUCACCAUCCCGGGCCUGGAGCCAGACCAAAAGUACAAGAUGAACCUGUACGGCUUCUAUGACGGCCAGCGCGUAGGCCCCGUCUCUGUCAUUGGGGUGACAGCUGCAGAGGAAGAGACCCCCAGCCCCACAGAGAUGGAAGAGACCCCCAGCCCCACAGAGCCCAGCACUGAGGCCCCCGAGCACCCUGAGGAGCCCCUCCUGGGGGAGCUGACGGUGACAGGAUCCUCCCAGGACUCGCUGAGCCUCUCCUGGACCGUCCCCCAGGGCCACUUCAACUCCUUCACGGUCCAGUACAAGGGCAGAGACGGGCCCCAGGUGGUGCGCGUCGAGGGCGAGGAGAGUGAGGUGACCGUUGGGGGCCUGGAGCCCGGGCACAAGUACAAGAUGCACCUGUACGGCCUGCACGAGGGGCAGCGCGUGGGCCCCGUGUCCAUCAUGGGCGUGACCGCUCCACAACUAGAAGAGCCUCCUCCAGCCACCGAGCCCCCUCUGGAGCCACGCCUCGGGGAGCUGACAGUGACAGAUGUGACCCCCAACUCCAUGGGCCUUGCAUGGACAGUCCCCGAGGGCCAGUUUGACUCCUUCGUGGUCCAGUACAAGGACAAGGACGGGCAGCCCCAGGCGGUGCCCGUGGCCGCAGACCAGCGAGAGGCCACUGUCCCCGGCCUGGAGCCCGCACGCAAAUACAAGAUGAACCUCUACGGUCUCCGUGGUGGGCAGCGCGUGGGCCCCCUCUCUGUGGUAGCCGUGACCGCUCCCCUCCCUCCAGCCCCAGCCACAGAGGCCCCCCUGGAGCCACGCCUGGGGGAGCUGACAGUGACCGACGUGACCCCGGACUCCGUGGGCCUCUCCUGGACGGUAACCGAGGGUGAAUUCGACUCCUUCGUGGUCCAGUACAAGGACAGGGAUGGGCAGCCCCAGGUGGUGCCCGUGGCUGCAGACCAGCGCGAGGUCACUGUCCCCGGCCUGGAGCCCAAUAGGAAAUACAAGUUCCUGCUCUUUGGGAUCCAGGAUGGGAAACGCCGCAGCCCAGUCUCGGUGGAGGCAAAGACAGUUGCCCACAGUGACGGCAGCCCGGGAGCCGCACCCCACCUCGGGGAGCUGUGGGUGACAGACCCUGCCCCAGACUCACUGCGCCUCUCCUGGACGGUCCCCGAGGGCCACUUUGACUCCUUUGUGGUCCAGUUCAAGGACAGGGAUGGGCCCCAGGUGGUGCCUGUGGAGGGCCACAAGCGCUCGGUCACCAUCAGCCCUCUGGACCCCGGCCGCAAGUACAGAUUCCUCCUCUAUGGCCUCCUGGGCAAGAGGCGCCAUGGCCCUCUCACCGCCGAGGGCACCACAGAGACCCGGAGAGCAGUGGACGAGGCUGGAACAAAGCGUCCCUCCAAACCACGUCUGGGGGAGGAGCUGCAGGUGACCGGCGUGACAUCAGACUCUGUGGGCCUCUCGUGGACGGUCCCUGAGGGCCAGUUUGACUCCUUUGUGGUCCAGUACAAGGACAGAGAUGGGCAACCCCAGGUGGUGCCUGUGGAAGGAAGCCUCAGGGAGGUCAGUGUCUCGGGCCUGGACCCUGCCCGCAGGUACAAGCUGCUGCUCUACGGACUGUACGAGGGCAAGCGUGUGGGUCCCAUCUCUGCCAUCGCCGUGACUGCCCCCAGGGAAGAAAUCGAAGCCGAGACUGAGGCCCCCAGCCCUCCAGCAUCUGAGCUCCAUUUGGGGGAAGUGACUGUGGAGGAGGCCACCCCACACACUCUGCAUCUCUCCUGGAUGGUGACUGAGGGAGAAUUUGACUCCUUCGUGGUCCAGUACACAGACGAGGAUGGGCAGCUCCAGAUAGUCCAUUUAGGGGGUGACCAGAAUGACAUCACUCUCUCUGACUUGGAAUCCGACCACAGAUACCUGGUGAGCCUGUACGGUUUCCAUGAGGGGCAGCGUGUGGGUCCUGCCCACAUCGAGGCCCUGACAGCCCCAGGCGAGGAAGAGGAUGAACCUUCAGAAUCUCCUUCUACCACCCCUGAGCCUCCCGUCAAGCCUCGCCUGGGGGAGCUGGCAGUGACGGACGCCACCCCCGACUCCCUGAGCCUCUCCUGGACUGUCCCCGAGGGCCACUUUGACCACUUCCUGGUCCAGUACAAGAACGGGGACGGGCAGCCCAAGGCGGUGAGGGUGCCAGGGCACGAGGACGGGGUCACCAUCUCGGGCCUGGAGCCAGAUGAAAAAUACAAGAUGAACCUGUAUGGCUUCCACGACGGCCAGCGCCUGGGCCCUGUCUCUGUCAUCGGGGUGACAACUGCACAGGAAGAGACCCCCAGCCCCACAGAGAUGGAGGAGACCCCCAGCCCCACAGAACCGAGCACUGAGGCCCCAGAGCCCGCCAAGGAGCCCCUCCUUGGGGAGCUGAUGGUGACAGGAUCCUCCCCGGACUCGCUGAGCCUCUCCUGGACCGUCCCCCAGGGCCACUUCGACUCCUUCACUGUCCAGUACAAGGGCAGGGACGGGCCCCAGGUGGUGCGUGUCGGGGGCGAGGAGAGUGAGGUGACCAUUGGGGGCCUGGAGCCCGGGCGCAAGUACAAGAUGAACCUGUACGGCUUCCACGACGGCCAGCGUGUGGGCCCCAUCUCUGUCAUCGGGGUGACAGCUGCACAGGAAGAGACCCCCAGCCCCACAGAGAUGGAGGAGACCCCCAGCCCCACAGAACCGAGCACUGAGGCCCCAGAGCCCGCCAAGGAGCCCCUCCUUGGGGAGCUGAUGGUGACAGGAUCCUCCCCGGACUCGCUGAGCCUCUCCUGGACCGUCCCCCAGGGCCACUUCGACUCCUUCACUGUCCAGUACAAGGGCAGGGACGGGCCCCAGGUGGUGCGUGUCGGGGGCGAGGAGAGUGAGGUGACCAUUGGGGGCCUGGAGCCCGGGCGCAAGUACAAGAUGAACCUGUACGGCUUCCACGACGGCCAGCGUGUGGGCCCCAUCUCUGUCAUCGGGGUGACAGCUGCAGAGGAAGAGACCCCCAGCCCCACAGAGAUGGAGGAGACCCCCAGCCCCUCAGAACCCAGCACUGAGGCCCCAGAGCCCCCCGAGGAGCCCCUCCUUGGAGAGCUGAUGGUGACAGGAUCCUCCCUGGACUCGCUGAGCCUCUCCUGGACCGUCCCCCAGGGCCACUUCGACUCCUUCACUGUCCAGUACAGAGACAGGGACAGGCAGCCCAAGGUGAUUCGGGUGCCAGGGCAUGAGGACAAGGUCACCAUCCCGGGCCUGGAGCCAGACCAGAAAUACAAGAUGAACCUGUACGGCUUCCAUGACGGCCAGCGCGUGGGCCCCGUCUCUGUCAUUGGGGUGACAGCUGCAGAGGAAGAGACCCCCAGCUCCACAGAGAUGGAAGAGACCCCCAGUCCCACAGAGAUGGAGGAGACCCCCAGCCCCACAGAACCCAGCACUGAGGCCCCAGAGCCCCCCGAGGAGCCCCUCCUGGGGGAGCUAAUGGUGACAGGAUCCUCCCCGGACUCGCUGAGCCUCUCCUGGACCGUCCCCCAGGGCCACUUCGACUCCUUCACCGUCCAGUACAAGGGCAGGGACGGGCCCCAGGUGGUGCGUGUCGGGGGCGAGGAGAGUGAGGUGACCGUUGGGGGCCUGGAGCCCGGACGCAAGUACAAGAUGCACCUGUAUGGCCUGCACAGGGGGCAGCGCGUGGGCCCCGUGUCCACUGUGGGCGUGACCGCCCCUGAAGAGGAGCCCCCUGCCAGCCCCCAUUUGAAGCCACACCUGGGAGAGCUGACUGUGACAGACACCACCUCUGACUCCCUGGGCCUCUCCUGGACCAUCCCCGAGGGCCAGUUUGACCACUUCCUGGUCCAGUUCAAGAACGGAGAUGGACAGCCCAAGGCAGUGAGGGUGCCAGGGCACGAGGAUGGGGUCACCAUCUCAGGCCUGGAGCCAGACCAAAAGUACACGAUAAACCUGUACGGCUUCCACGGUGGCCAGCGCGUGGGCCCUGUCUCCACUGUCGGUUUAACCGCCUCAGAAAAACACCAAGAAAUGACCCCAGCCCCAGAAGACCUGCCUACUGCAGCCCCCGAGCCUUCCAUCAAGCCUCACCUGGGGGAGCUGGCAGUGACGGACGCCACCCCCGACUCCCUGAGCCUCUCCUGGACUGUCCCCGAGGGCCACUUUGACCACUUCCUGGUCCAGUACAAGAAUGGGGACGGGCAGCCCAAGGCGGUGAGGGUGCCAGGGCACGAGGACGGGGUCACCAUCUCGGGCCUGGAGCCAGACCAAAAGUACAAGAUGAACCUGUACGGCUUCCACAGUGGCCAGCGCGUGGGCCCCGUCUCUGUCAUCGGGGUGACAACUGCAGAGGAAGAGACCCCCAGCUCCACAGAGAUGGAAGAGACCCCCAGCCCCACAGAGAUGGAAGAGACCCCCAGCCCCACAGAGAUGGAAGAGACCCCCAGCCCCACAGAACCCAGCACUGAGGCCCCAGAGCCCCCCGAGGAGCCCCUCCUGGGGGAGCUGACGGUGACAGGAUCCUCCCCGGACUCGCUGAGCCUCUCCUGGACCGUCCCCCAGGGCCACUUCGACUCCUUCACCGUCCAGUACAAGGGCAGAGAUGGGCCCCAGGUGGUGCGUGUCUGGGGCGAGGAGAGUGAAGUGACUGUUGGGGGCUUGGAGCCCGGACGCAAGUACAAGGUGCACCUGUAUGGCCUGCACGGGGGGCAGCGCGUGGGCCCCGUGUCCACUGUGGGCGUGACUGCCCCCCAGGAGGUUGUGGAGGAGACGCCCAGCCCCACAGAGCCGAGCACAGCGGCCCUGGAGCCCCCCGAGGAGCCUCUCCUGGGGGAGCUCACGGUGACAGGAUCCUCCCCGGACUCGCUGAGCCUCUCCUGGACCGUCCCCCAGGGCCACUUCGACUCCUUCACCGUCCAGUACAAGGGCAGGGACGGGCCCCAGGUGGUGCGUGUCGGGGGCGAGGAGAGUGAGGUGACUGUUGAGGGCCUGGAGCCCGGGCGCAAGUACAAGAUGAACCUGUAUGGCCUGCACAGCGGGCAGCGCGUGGGCCCCGUGUCCACUGUGGGCGUGACUGCUCCAGACUAUGAAGCCGUGACCACCCAAGCCCUGUACACUGCGGCCCCCGAGCCUCCCGUCAAGCCUCGCCUGGGGGAGCUGGCAGUGACGGACGCCACCCCCGACUCCCUGAGCCUCUCCUGGACUGUCCCCGAGGGCCACUUUGACCACUUCCUGGUCCAGUACAAGAACGGGGACGGGCAGCCCAAGGUGGUGAGGGUGCCAGGGCACGAGGACGGGGUCACCAUCUCAGGCCUGGAGCCAGACCAAAAGUACAAGAUGAACCUGUACGGCUUCCACGGUGGCCAGCGCAUGGGCCCCGUCUCUGUCAUCGGGGUGACAACUGCAGAGGAAGAGACCCCCAGCUCCACAGAGAUGGAAGAGACCCCCAGCCCCACAGAGAUGGAAGAGACCCCCAGCCCCACAGAGAUGGAAGAGACCCCCAGCCCCACAGAACCCAGCACUGAGGCCCCAGAGGCCCCCGAGGAGCCCCUCCUGGGGGAGCUGACGGUGACAGGAUCCUCCCCGGACUCGCUGAGCCUCUCCUGGACCGUCCCCCAGGGCCACUUCGACUCCUUCACCGUCCAGUACAAGGGCAGAGAUGGGCCCCAGGUGGUGCGUGUCAGGGGCGAAGAGAGUGAGGUGACCGUUGGGGGCCUGGAGCCCAGGCACAAGUACAAGAUGCACCUGUAUGGCCUGCACGGCGGGCAGCGUGUGGGCCCCGUGACCACCGUGGGCGUGACCGACUCCCUGACUACAGAGCCCCCUGUGGCACCCCGCCUGGGGGAGCUGGCUGUGGCGGCCGUGACCUCGGACACAGUGCACCUCUCCUGGACGGUGGACCAGGGCCCCUUCGACUCCUUCCUGGUCCAAUACAAGGAUGUGCAGGGGCGGCCCCAGGCAGUGCCCGCGGAUGGAGACCUCCGAGAGGUCACGGUUUCAGGUCUGGCCCCUGCCCGCAAGUACAAGUUCCUACUCUUCGGACUCCAGGAUGAGAAACGACACGGCCCAGUCUCUGCGGAUGCAAAGACCCUCCCAGACACGAAACCUUCUCCCCGCCUGGGGGAGCUGACAGUGACGCAUGUGACCCCGGAUUCCAUGGGCCUCUCCUGGACAGUCCCUGAGGGCGAAUUUGACUCCUUCGUGGUCCAGUACAAGGACAGGGAUGGGCAGUCCCACGUGGUGCCUGUGGCCUCAGACCAACGUGAGAUCACCAUCCCGAGCCUGGAGCCCAAUAGGAAAUAUAAGUUGCUGCUCUUCGGGCUGGCAGGCAGGAAGCGGCUGGGCCCCAUCUCCGCUGAAGGCAGCACAGCUCCCCUGGAGAAGGAGAGGCAGCCCUCACCCCGCCUGGGGGCGCUGAUGGUGACGGAUGAGACCCCGGAUUCCCUGCGACUCCUGUGGACGGUGGCCCAGGGCCCCUUUGACUCCUUUGUGGUCCAGUACAGGGAUACAGAUGGGCAGCCCCAGGUGGUGCCUGUGGCCGCAGACCAGAGGGACGUCACCAUAGACGGCCUGAAGCCUGGCAGGAAAUAUAAGUUUCUGCUCUAUGGGCUCCUCAGAGGACAGCGCCUGGGCCCCGCCUCGGUCCUGGGAGUGACAGCCCCAGAAGAGGACACACCAGCACCCUGGCACCCAGCCACAGAGGCCCCCCAGCCCCCUGAAGGGCCCCGCCUAGGGGCCCUGGCAGUGAAGGACGUGUCCCCAGACUCCCUGCACCUCUCAUGGAGUGUGGCCCAGGGCCCCUUUGACUCCUUCGUGGUCCAGUAUCAGAACAGAGAUGGGCAGCCCCAGGCCUUGCUCGUGGGUGGCGACCAGAACAAGGUCCUCGUGUCAGACCUGGAGCCCAGCUCCUCCUACAAGUUCUUCCUCUACGGCCUCCAUGAAGGGAAGCGCCUGGGGCCCGUCUCAGCUGAGGGCACCACAGGGUCAGCUCCUGCUGGUCAGACCCCCGGAGAGCCAGGGCCCCACCUGUCCCACCUGUCGGUGACUGAUGUGACCACCAGCUCGCUGCGGCUCAACUGGGAGGCCCCACCCGAGGCCUUUGACUCCUUCCUGCUCCGCUAUGGGGUCCCAUCACCAAGCACGCUGGAGCCACAUCCACGGCCCCCGCAGCAGCGAGAGCUGACGGUGCCGGGCACACGGCGCUCAGCUGUGCUCCGGGACCUGCAUCCAGGGACCUUGUAUACCCUUACGUUGUAUGGGCUGCGCGGGCCCCACAAGGCCGACAGUGUCCAGGGCACAGCCCGGACCCUCAGCCCAGUUCUGGAAAGCCCCCGUGACCUUCAAUUCAGCGAAAUCAGGGAGACCUCAGCCAAGGUCAGCUGGAUGCCCCCACCGUCCAGAGUGGACAGCUUCAAAGUUUCCUACCAGCUGGCAGAUGGAGGGGAGCCACAGAGUGUGCAGCUGGAUGGCCGAGCCCGGACCCAGAAACUCGAGGGGCUGAUCCCAGGCGCUCACUACGAGGUGACCGUGGUCUCCGUCCGUGGCUUUGAGGAGAGUGAGCCUCUCACAGGCUUCCUCGCCACAGUUCCUGACGGCCCCACCCAGCUGCGUGCACUGAACUUGACGGGAGGAUCUGCCCUGCUGCACUGGACGCCCCCCCAGGAGCCGGUGGACGCCUAUGAUGUCAAGGUCACAGCCGCAGGGGCCCCCUCGCUACACACCUCCGCCCCUGGCGGCGCCGUGGACCACCCCCUGCGCGGCCUCGUGCUCCACACCAACUACACGGCGACCCUGCGUGGCCUUCGGGGCCCCAACCUCACCUCCCCAGCCAGCAUCACCUUCACCACAGGGUUGGAGGCCCCCCACGGCUUGGAGGCCAAGGCAGUGACCCCCCGAACGGCUCUGCUCACUUGGGCUGCGCCCCAAGUCCCCCCAACGGGUUACCUGCUCAGCUUCAACACCCCUGGCGGACAGACCCAGGAGAUCCUGCUCCCAGGAGGGGUCACCUCUCACCAGCUCCGCGGCCUCUUUCCCUCCACCCCCUACAGCGCAUGGCUCCGGGCCAUGUGGGGCGACAGCUUCACUCCGCCCGUGUCCACUUCCUUCACCACUGGUGGACUUCGGAUCCCCUUUCCCCGGGACUGUGGGGAGGAGAUGCAGAACGGGGUCAGCACCUCAAGGACCACCACCGUCUUCCUCAACGGCAACCGCGAGAGGCCCCUGAAUGUCUUUUGUGACAUGGAGACCGAUGAGGGUGGCUGGCUGGUGUUCCAGCGCCGCAUGGAUGGAAAGACGGACUUCUGGAGGGACUGGGAGGACUAUGCCCACGGUUUUGGGAACAUCUCUGGGGAGUUCUGGCUGGGCAACGAGGCCCUGCACAGCCUGACCAAAGCUGGCGACUACUCCUUGCGUGUGGACCUGCGGGACGGGGACGAGGCUGUGUUUGCCCAAUAUGACUCCUUCCAAGUAGACUCGGCCGAUGAGUACUACCGCCUCCACCUGGAAGGCUACCAUGGCACUGCAGGGGACUCCAUGAGCUACCACAGCGGCAGCGUCUUCUCUGCCCGUGACCGAGACCCAAACAACUUGCUCAUCUCCUGUGCCGUCUCUUACCGAGGGGCCUGGUGGUACAGGAACUGCCACUAUGCCAACCUCAACGGGCUCUAUGGGAGCACAGUGGACCACCAGGGAGUGAGCUGGUACUACUGGAAGGGCUUUGAUUUCUCUGUGCCCUUCACGGAAAUGAAGCUGAGACCAAGAAGCUACCGGCCCCCGGGCAGGGGAGGCUGAGCCGUCGCUCACCCCUCCAGCGCCCCACUAUGAC